GUUGACGGACAACCAUUAUUCCGCUGGUACCAAGUAUCGAGGAGCUCCCCCACGUGAAAGCUGAUCUGGCUUCAAACGACCAUCACCAACUCAUUGCUCCUCGUACAGACCGGAUUCCAGCGUCUCCCACAGCAGCACCCGCAAAUGUCUUCCCUUCUCUCCAAGAAAUAUGUUGAUGGCAUAUACAUCCCAUCUGGCCUCCUUGUCCUCGGAUGCUUGAUUGUCAAACGCGAAUGGGUUCCUUAUGCCGUCGUGCUUGCAGCGGUCAUCUCAGGGUACAAAUUAUGGAGUGGUAACAGUGUCCAAAAGGUCCUCAAACCCACUGAGUUUCAAGAAUUUGAGCUCACGGAGAAGACCGUCAUCUCCCACAAUGUAGCCAUCUACCGGUUCAAACUUCCAUCUCCAACUGCAGUUCUCGGCCUGCCUAUCGGUCAACACAUCUCGAUCGCAGCGACUCUCCCUCAGCCGGAUGGUACGUCGAAAGAAAUUGUACGAUCCUAUACCCCAAUCUCUGGCGACCACCAACCCGGCUACUUCGACCUCCUUAUCAAGUCCUACCCCACCGGCAAUAUCUCGAAGUACAUGGCAUCUCUCUCUGUUGGACAAUCAAUCAAGGUUAGAGGCCCUAAAGGUGCUAUGGUCUACACUCCGAACAUGGUCCGACAUUUCGGUAUGAUUGCUGGAGGAACUGGAAUCACUCCCAUGUUGCAGAUUAUCCGUGCUGUGAUCCGAGGUCGUCCUACCGGAGAUAAGACUGAGAUUGAUCUGAUCUUCGCCAAUGUCAACAAGGAGGACAUCUUGUUGAAAGAUGAUCUAGACAAGUUGGCGAAAGAGGACAAGGGAUUCCGAGUUCACUAUGUUCUGAACAACCCUCCUGAGAAAUGGGAGGGAGGCGUCGGAUUCGUUACUCCUGAAAUGAUUACGAAAUACCUGCCUAAGCCAGCGGACGAUGUCAAGCUCCUGCUCUGUGGACCACCUCCAAUGAUCAGCGCCAUGAAGAAGGCAUCCGAGGGAUUGGGAUUCAAGAAGGCCAAGCCUGUCAGCAAGCUAGAGGAUCAAGUGUUCGCAUUCUAA